AUGAGUUCACGAAGAACUAAUCAAAAAUCAAGAAUAAAGCCACCAAAGAAAUCUCAAGCUCUUGUCCUUAACACAAACACUGAUGGUUUUCGGUUGACAAUGGUAGCUUUGCGAGAUUCGAGUGUAGUGACCGGAACUGAUUUUAAUGCCGCUGAUAGUCAAUUUAACGAGAAUUGGGAACGUCUAGCUCAAGCCAUUCGAGAAAUUCAUAAAAAAAAUGCUUCGAUCUUAAGUUUUGAAGAACUAUAUCGUAAUGCUUAUAACAUGGUCCUUCAUAAAAAUGGUGACAAGUUAUACGAAGGAGUGAAAAGAGUUAUCACUCAACACCUAGAGGAAGUAGCUGUCGCACAAAUCGUACCAAAUUUCCCUUUAUCAGGUGCCAGUAGUAGUUCUCAAACAAAUCCCGUUAAUGGUGUUGGAGGAGCAAAUUUCUUAAAAGUAUUGAAAAAUGUUUGGGAAGAUCACAUAACUUGUAUGCUUAUGAUUAGAGAUAUUCUUAUGUAUAUGGAUCGAGUAUAUGCUAAAUCUGCAAAUGUUCCACCGGUCUAUGAUUUGGGAUUGGAACUUUUUAGGGAUACUAUUGUGCGAUCACAAAAAUAUCCAAUUCAAAUUCAUUUGUUGGAUGUACUUUUACAACAAAUUUUACUUGAACGUGAAAAUGAAAUUAUUGAUCGUUCCAGUGUGAAAGCAUCAAUGGACAUGUUACUUGAAUUGGUUGAUGCAUCUACCAGAGAAACUGUUUAUUCUAUUGAUUUUGAAGGGAAAUUCUUGGAAACGAGUGCUGAAUAUUAUCGUGUGGAAGGUCAAAUGUUGGUUGGAGAAUGUGAUGCUCCGGAAUAUAUGAAAAAGGUUGAAAAACGCCUGAUCGAAGAAGAACAAAGGGUGCGUCAUUAUUUAUCACAAUCAACGGAACAAAAAAUUAGAAGUAUUGUCGAGGAAGAACUUAUUUCAAAACAUCUCAAGACAGUCAUUGAUAUGGAAAAUUCUGGUUUAAUUCCCAUGUUAGGAAAUGAAAAAAUGGAUGUUUCACGAGGUCAUGAAGAAAUGAAAUCUGCUAUUAGCAAUUAUAUUCGAAAGCUUGGAAAAGCGAUCAAUGAAACUGUAUCCAGUGGUAGCAAUAAUAAUACUUCAACUACAUCCACGGAUGGUGGAGGUGGAGAUAAAUCUCAAACCGGCACAUCAGUGGCAAUACGAUGGGUACAAGAAGUUUUGGAUCUUAAAGAUAAAUUCGAUAAGGUUCAAAGUUUGGCUUUAUCCAAUGAUAAAUCAUUUCAAACCGCAUUUAAUGAAGCUUUCGAAUAUUUUAUUAAUAAAAAUCCUAAAUCCCCUGAGUUUAUAUCAUUGUUUAUUGAUGAUAAUUUAAAGAAAGGAUUAAAAGGGAAAACUGAAGAAGAAGUUGAUAGUGUUUUGGAUAAAACAAUAACGCUGUUUCGUUUUAUUAGUGAAAAAGAUGUUUUCGAACGAUAUUACAAGCAACAUUUGGCCAAGCGUUUAUUGCUUGGAAGAAGUGUAAGUGAUGACGCGGAGCGAGGAAUGAUAGGAAAACUCAAGAUUGAGUGUGGAUAUCAAUUUACCUCAAAACUUGAAGGAAUGUUUAAUGAUAUGAGAAUUUCUACAGAUACAAUGUCAGACUUUAAAGAAUAUCUAGAUAAAUCUGUAUUAGAACGACCUAAAUUAGAUUUAAAUGUCACUGUUCUUACAUCCACAUUCUGGCCGAUGAACAUGCCAGCAAGUCCACGAUGCAAUUUCCCAGCAGAAAUAACUAGAGCUUGUGAAGCGUUCCAACGGUUUUACCUUGGACGACAUAGUGGAAGAAGAUUAACAUGGCAAUCCAAUAUGGGAACCGCAGAUAUUCGUGCUAACUUCAACACAAAGAAACAUGAAAUUAAUGUAUCAACGUAUCAAAUGGUGAUACUUCUAAUGUUUAAUGAUGUACCACCAGGAAAAGAUUUAUCAUAUGAGACAAUAAAAGGAGAAAGUGAUAUUCCUGAGGUAGAUCUAAAACGUAAUCUUCAAUCUUUAGCAUGUGCUAAAUAUAAAAUUCUUCUAAAGGAACCCAAAGGAAGAGAAAUAAAUGCUGGAGACAAGUUUUAUUUUAAUGAAGAUUUUACAGCUCCGUAUCAACGAAUUAAAAUUCAAACAGUGGCAAGUAAAGUUGAAACGGAAGGUGAAAGAAAAGAUACACGAGAAAAAGUUGAAGAAGCAAGGAAACAUCAAACUGAAGCAGCAAUUGUGAGAAUUAUGAAAGAUAGAAAAACCAUGGAACAUAACCUUCUGAUUUCGGAAACAACAAGACAAUUACAGCCAAGAUUUACUCCUAACCCUGCUAUGAUCAAAAAACGGAUCGAAGCAUUAAUCGAAAGAGAAUAUUUAGAACGGGCGCCUGGUGAUAGGUUUGUAUAA